GCUGCCCAAGAUUUAUUAUUCUUCUUUCCUUUCUGCUAGUUUAUUUUUUUCUUUCCGUGUUUUUUAUUAUCCGCCUAGGACUGGCGCUUUGUUGUGUUUGACACACGCUGCCAGUUAUCCGGGUGCCUCUCGUUGUCUCGCUUGCCUCGUUCCAACGGUCGAAUCUCAAACAUCCAGUGCUCGACUUAUUCUCGUGCAAAUACCUAAUACGUUCUGUGCAGCCACUGGACUGGUCUGCACCUAACCCUAAUUCCUGCUAAGAAGAUUCAGGCACCUUUUUACCCAGAUUUCUUGCGAUCGAAUCGUCGAUUGAUCCUACGAACCGCGUGGCCCAAAACCGAGUACCCGCAGACGUUCAACGUACUGUAAUUCAAACAUGGCCAGCCACAUCAUCGGAAAUAGAAACAGCACUCCGGAGGCAUCCAAAGCAACUCUGCGUCCUCCAUCAUCCGCCCGUAAUCUUGGCGGUUCUCAUCAGCUGCGAGCCUCUGCAGACAUGUCUGGAUUCCCGAGCCCGCUUUCGACGCGCAAUAUCCGUCCUUCCUCUGAAGUGUUUUUCAACCAGCAAUCGCAAGGUCAGGGCAAUCCAGAUGAUGCCCUGGAUCAGGCUGCUCAACAGUGGAUUGCCGAUAUCGAUCAGUUUGAGACGACCUUGGAAGAAAUGGCAGCUGCAACCAUUGAUCAGGAUUUCAAAGACGAGCUCAGUGCUAUCGAGCAGUGGUUCCGCGUGUUGAGUGAGGCUGAAAGGACUGCAGCCUUGUAUGCUCUGCUGCAACAGACCACUCAAGUGCAGAUUCGCUUCUUCAUCCAAGUCCUGCAACAAAUGGCCAAGAGCCACCCAAUGUCCGGAGUUCUCUCCCCGGCAAACUUUGGCGAGAAAGAUCCUAUGUCCAAUCGCUUGAGUGAUGCAAUGUCCAAACUCACCACCGCUGAUGGCUCACGUAAUUCUUUGGGGCGUCCUCCCCCGUCGCCCGGCGCGAAACGGAAUUCUGGCCUUGAUUCCUCUACCAUCAAUGCAAUGUUCCCUGACGCAGCGGCGGCAAUCGCUAAGAAGAAGGCUGAAUUCACCCAACAGACUGGCAACGCUCCCGCUUCGAACCGGAACAGUGCUGUCUUUGGCGGUGAUCGUUCGUCCCUGGUGGCACCAACCAUCUCCGCCCCUGACAGCAACACGAACUCACUAGGUCAACCGCCGUCCUCUCCAUGGGCUCAGCGAGCACCGGAGUUGCAACCCCCAAUCGCUCGUCCCAAAUCCUCCUCUGGACAAUUGCAGCAGCAGCCAAUGGGCCAAUUCAACCAACCGAAUGCAGGAGGACUUCGCUCUCCGCAUAUUGGAAAUGUGCAGAAUCAAACCAUUAGUGCCCCAGAAAUUUCUCAUGAACCUCCUCUAUUGUCGCCUUACAAUAUUGGAAACUCCAGCUGGGCUUCACUUACCAACACGCCUAUGGCACCGACGUUUAAUACUCAACAGACUGGUGCCACCCAAGCCGAUAUGGUUGCAAAUGCAACGGCGAUGAAACUAGCAGCCUUGUCAACUGUGAAUAAUCGCAUUGCAUUGGAUGACGCUCGUAAAUAUCGUCGUGCUCGGUCGAACGACGGCCACGGGAAGAACUCUAACACCGGCCAUCUUUCUCCUGGUCUAGGCCCUAGCAUACCUGGGGCAAACCUCGUCAUGGUCAACGAUGCUGGUCAGGUAUUGAAUGCGCAGCAGAUUGCUGCCCUUCAAGCCCAGCAGCAAGCUGCGUUAGCUGGUCGUCGAUCUCGCCCGAGCUCCCCUGGCAUUACAUUGCAAGCUCCCCUGGGCCAAGUUGGAUUCACGUCUCCUCAAAACAACGGAUUCUUGGCAGCUUAUGAUCCCAACAGUGCUCUUCUAGGAAACAGCCUGAACUCACUGGGACUUGGGCAGUUUGGAAUGGGAUCCGAAGGCUAUCUUUCCGACCACUCUGAGGUACAGCGUGGGCGCUCACCACGGGGCCGACGUGGAAGCUCAAAGCCGCCCGAGGAUCCCACCGACCCGAAUCUGCUCAAGGAUAUCCCGGCUUGGUUGCGCUCUCUCCGUUUGCACAAAUACACGGAUAAUUUGAAGGAUCUCAAGUGGACAGAGCUGAUUGAACUGGAUGACAAGGGACUUGAAGAUCGUGGUGUCAAUGCCCUUGGUGCUCGAAACAAGAUGUUAAAAGUCUUUGAACAAGUCAAGGAAGCCAAAGCCGAAGGCAAGCUCGAUACAGCCGCGUAA